AUGGAGAUGGUGUGUUUCCAGGUGGCAGAGUGCAUGAUCUAUGCUAACCACUGGGUGGCCCAGAAGAUCCAGGAGAGUUUCCCCCAGCAGGCCUUGCUGCGCCACCUCCCGCCCCCACGCCAGGAGUUCUUCAACCAGCUACAGGACUGUGCCCGGGCACGCGGCUUCACUAUAGACACCAGGUCAAACAAGGCCCUGGCUGACUCCCUUGACCGGGCCGUGGACCCCCAGGACCUGUUGGUGAACCGGCUGCUGAGGGUGAUGGCUACCAUGGCCAUGUCGAAUGCCCUCUACUUCUCUACCGGAGCCUGCCCUGUCGAACAGUACUAUCACUAUGGUCUGGCUCUGGACCGAUACACCCACUUCACCUCUCCCAUCCGUCGCUAUGCCGACAUGAUCGUCCACCGCCUGCUCACCGCAGCCAACGCCAUGGAGAAGGGGGCGGGGCCAGCCAAGGCCUUAGCCAGUAACAAAGAGCUGGAGGAGGUGGCUCAGCAAAUCAACAACAAGAACAGGGCAGCACAGCAUGCCCAGAAGGUGUCCACCGAGCUAUUCCAGUGUCUCUACUUCAGAGACAAAGACCCAGAGACAGACGAGCGCUGUGUGGCCGACGCAGUCAUCUACACCAUCAGAGCCAACGGCAUGCUGGUCUUCAUACCACAGUAUGGCCUAAAGGGGGCAGUGUACCUGAAGAACAGAGAGGGCCAGGUGGUGAGUGAGAGACAGGAUGGAGGAUGUGACUGGCAGACUGGUUCUCUACAGAGAUACCUGGACCACAUCACUACCACUACUGCUGCUGGCACCUCCACCUUCAACCUGUUCCAACACAUCACCGUGCGUAUCUCAGUACAACCAUCACGUUGUCACUCAGACACAAUCCGUCUGGAAGUGGUCAGCAACAGGCCCCACCAGGCCCCCGAGACUCAGGCCCAGACCCCCCAGCCCCAGGGGGCUAGGGGCCGGUCCCAGCUGGUCCAGGAGGUGGUUCGGCAGGCAGAGGAGGCCUCGCAGCAGGCGGAGGAGAAGAGGGGCCGGGCCCCCAAACUGUCCAAGGAGGAGAGAGAGUUCAGACAGAGUAAAUGUCCCAACCUCUACUCUCUCCUGGAGGAGGUCAGGGAGCUGGCCUUGCUGGACCUGGCUGCCUGUGGAGCAGGAGGUGGUCUGGGAGCAGCCGCUCAGGCUUGUGCUACGUCAGCAUAGAUGAGGUGGUGGUGGAGGAACAGGUCUGGGAACAGCUGCUUUGGUCUGCAGUACAUCAGCAUAGAACUACAUAAAACUUUAACACUGAUUCUGGGUCAGAUUAUUGUGGAGGAGGGGUGCGGUUGAAGAGUGAGGAGGUGCAGGAGGCAGAGUAACCGGUCAACAUCAGCAUCAAACUUUAACACUGACUCAGGAUCAGAUUGUGGUGCUUUUCAUGGAUUUCACCAGCAUGCAGACAGACCCUCUGGACUUACUAUCUUACUGUACAUCCUGGGUGUUAUCACCUUGGUUACUGAACUCUACUUAGGCACAUCUUUAGUCUUAUUUGGAAAAUGAACAGAUGAUUGAAGUUGUGAGAUGAGACGGAUGCAUGUAAUACUAUAUACAUGAAUACCUACUGAUUCAGGAACAGCUCUCAACAGGACAGUUACCAUAGAAACAUCUGAAACAAGCAGCAGCUCUGGUCUAAACUAAACAGGACAGUUACCAUAGAAACAUCUGG